UCAAUGAACAGAGGAAAACUACGCCUCCUGUUUUAAUUUUAAUAUAGAAAUUUUAAUUAUCUACCCGUAACAUACAUCGAAGUGGUCAUAACGAAGUUUGUUCUAGACGAUUCAUAACUGUUAACUCGCAUACAAGUUAACAUAACAUUGAGAGUUAGCAAAAAUCAAAAACAAAGAUUUGAACCCCUGACCUAGAACAUUUUUUUCCAAAAUGAAGAAAAAGGUACUAUUAAUGGGAAAAAGUGGUUCUGGUAAAACCAGUAUGAGGUCUAUCAUAUUCGCCAAUUAUAUAGCAAGGGAUACAAGACGCCUCGGAGCAACAAUUGACGUUGAACAUUCACAUGUCCGUUUCCUCGGUAAUUUGGUUCUCAACUUAUGGGAUUGUGGUGGUCAGGAAGCUUUCAUGGAAAACUAUUUUGCAUCACAAAGAGACAAUAUAUUCAGGAAUGUUGAAGUUCUGAUAUAUGUUUUUGAUGUAGAAAGUCGUGAAAUGGAAAAAGAUAUGCAUUACUACCAGUCUUGUCUUGAGGCGAUUUUACAGAACUCUCCAGAAGCCAGGAUAUUCUGUUUAGUACACAAAAUGGACUUAGUGGCAGAAGAACAAAGAGAAGAAAUAUUCAGAGCAAGGGAAGAAGAUUUAAAAGGGCUUUCCAAACCAUUAGAAUGCACUUGCUUUAGGACCAGUAUCUGGGAUGAGACAUUGUAUAAGUAA